AUUGCUUUUUUUCCUCUUGUUUGUUGGCAGCACACCCUCACGGGCCACAGCGGGAAGGUGAUGGCGGCCAAGUUCCUGGAGCAGGCCAAGGUGGUCACAGGCAGCCACGACCGCACCCUCAAGAUCUGGGACCUGCGGAGCCGAGCGUGUAUCGAGACCAAGUUUGCAGGCUCGAGCUGUAACGACCUGGUGACGGGCGACGGUUCGGGGACUACCAUCAUCAGCGGCCACUUUGACAAGCGGAUCCGGUUUUGGGACUCACGGACGGAAGCCUCCUCCGUCAACGACAUCGUGCUGCAGGGGAAGAUCACCUCCCUCGACCUUUCGCGAGAUGGAAAAUACCUUCUGAGCUGCGUUCGGGAUGACUCUUUAAAGAUGCUGGACCUCCGGAUGAACACCAUUGUUUGCUCGUUCACGGCUGACGGAUUCAAGGUGGGCUGUGACUUUACUCGCGCAGCCUUCAGCCCGGACGCCCACUACAUCGCAGUGGGUGCGGCGGAUGGUUCCGUGUACAUCUGGAACGUGGACACGAACAAGGUGGAGCACAUCCUCAAGGAGCACCAACCCUGGUUUGGUUUGCCUAGGAGCGCUGUGACGGCCGUAUCGUGGCAUCCCUACGGCAGUUUCCUCCUCAGCGUGGAUCGCGCCAAGACCGCAGUGGUAUGGGGUGACGCGUAGCGAACGGAACCACUCAAUCUGUCGUCUGCAAGACCAGCCGUCAGGCUGACCUGACUUAAAGUCACUAACUGCUCAGUUCCCUUGAGCUCAACUCGAUGGGGGCAAAUCUUGUAUUACUUUGUAAAUAGUGGGUAAAGGUGUGUGUCUGUGUGUGAUAUUGUGCUCGUGUGCCUACGUUACAAAUGCUAUUUUUGUAUAGCAGCUUUGUGUUCUUCUCGGAACGUGAUCGCGCGUGACCGGAAAGAUGAACAAAGAAUGUCGUAUCAGCCACAAAUCUUGUGGAUCCAACCCUAAAAAGUACCUGAUCUAGUCGACGCCUUAUCACGUAGUGAAAAGAAACUGAAUUAUAGCAAAUGCCAGAAGAGGUUAUGAAAUUCUAUAAUUCCUUUACCUUCAGUACUUGAAGGAAAAUUAUGUAACCCUUUGUGUUCAUUUUCUUCUAAUGUUAUUAAUUUUAUGAGGUUGCCGCUGUCUCCACUGAAUCCAGAUUUGUGAUGAAUUAAUCUCUAUAACUGCCAUAUAACUUGUGUUUUGUGAUAUCUUCGAUUUAUCAUGUUUCUGUACAUGAAGACUUUAAAUUGAUAACUCAUGAAGAAUAGGGGAAAAUGAUCAAUAAUAAGAUGUGAUAACUCUCUGUUAUACUUUACUCUGCACGUUGUUUAAAGUCUUCAUGGCAAAAUCAAUAAAUUAAAGUAAUCGCAAAUAUGAGUUGACUUUUGUUACGAAAGUAUUACAAAUCCAGAUACAGUGUCAACAAAAUAAAUGGCAACGGUGAAAUUUAGAGUAUACUUUGAUUUUGUGCGCCUUACCUAUGUAUCUAAUACGUAAUUUGUUUAUUUUCUUUGCUAUAAUCAGGCCUGGAAUAUUGUGAUAUUUUCAGAACAUAUAGUUCCGUCUAAUGCGGACUACUCAGCGACUAAAUGGCUGAAAACGUUUUGCCUAAUGUAUCUUCAACAAUCAUUGCAAUCAUGUUACUUAUUAUGUUUUACACAUUCCGAUUAAUAACGAUGGUUGGGACCACGCAAUGCACUUCAUUCUCAAGUUAUUUUAAUUUUUUCUGUUAACAUGUUCUCAGUAUUUUAAAUGAAAUUGCUUAGCUCCACGUGUUCUAUACACGAUGCUUAUAUGAAUCCUUACUUUCUCCCGCACUGUAUACAACUUUCCUCUUCCCCCAUUCGCAAGGAAUCGUAUACUUUGUCAACCGAGAUAAGUAUUUUUUUUUUCUGAAUGUAACGCAAAUAGUGGAAAGACGUAAUAGCCCCUGAUCCCAUCUGCCUCACCCACUGUUAAUAUUGUACUAUUGUUACUAUUGUGAAGAAUUUCUGACGUUUCUUUCUAAACAUAUUUUUGUACUUCAGAUAUAUUGCAUCACUGUUCUUAUGAAAAUUGGUCUCGUGUUCGGUUUUAGUAACUGUAUUGCAUCUUUUAGCAAUGUGUUACCUGUACUUACAAUUAUUUCACAAAUCAAAAUAAAGCUAAUGAAACUACCCUAA